GGUAAAUAUACCCUGGAGGCGACGUCAGACGCCCUGCUGGGAGCCUGUGGUUGAAGGGGAGCGAUGGAGAUAUAAGGAGCAGGCGAUGAGGAACUGCUUCACUUUACCUGGAGUGCCACAGCCUUCUCUGGAACUUCCUCCAUUCCUUCACAGUUCAGAAUGCAGAAGUGCGUAGCUCUACUACUACUCACCGUGGCUCUCUGCCUACAGGCCACUUCCUGCUUACGCUUCCAGGACGACAGAAAUGUCGAAUCACAGUAUGUCCCAUCCGCACCAGAGUUGGCCUCUUGGAUCCUAGAAAUGGCUCAGAGGAAUGAUCAUGCACACAAACGCAACUCUGAGAUCAUCAACUCCCUCCUUGGAAUGCCCAAGGUCCUCAACGAUGCUGGCCGCAAGUAAAUCAUCCUCAGUAGUCAACUUCUGACAGCAAUUACAAAAUGUUUUGUACUUUUCUUUGUUUAUCUUAGUAACAAAAACUCAUUGUACCAUUGGAAAAAUUAUUAAACACAAUUAACAGUAACUUUAGGUUAAAAUUAUACAUACAUUGUUUUUAACUCACAAUUUAUUCCUCAGUCUAGAGCUGAAAAUGUGUAUUUUUGAAUUUUUAAUUUGUACACAUUAGUAAAAAAAUUUUAAUAUGGCUUCAUUUUGCUCUUUUUUAAAGAUCUGUUGGUUACACUCAUUUAAAAUAUAUUCUCAUGUUCAUUGUACAUUUGUUGGUAAAUAAAAUUCUUGAAUAUA